UCACAUAUCUCUGCUACUGAGAAGCAAAAUGGCUCAGAAAAGUGGUCAGUUGGAACAACAAAAAUUCUCUUGUUGCAUCUGUUUGGAUCUACUGAAGGAUCCAAUAACUAUUCCCUGUGGACACAGCUACUGUAUGGACUGUAUUAAAGACUUCUGGGAUGCAGAAGAUCAGAGAAGGAUCCAAAGCUGCCCUCAGUGCAGGAAGAAUAACAUCAUGUUAGCAGAGUUUGUGGAGGAUCUGAAGAAGACUGGACCCCAGGCUGCUGCAGCUGAUCACUGCUAUGCUGGACCUGAAGAUGUGGCCUGUGAUGUCUGCACUGAGGUGAAGAGAAAAGCUGUCAAGUCCUGUCUGGUCUGUUUGGCUUCUUAUUGUGAGAAUCACCUCCAACCUCACUAUGAUGCUCCACCAUUACAGAAGCACAAGCUGGUGGACCCCUCUAAGAAUCUCCAGGAGAACAUCUGCUCUCGUCAUGAUGAGGUGAUGAAGAUCUUCUGUCGUACUGAUCAGCAGUGUAUCUGUUAUCUCUGCACCAUGGAUGAACAUAAAGGCCAUGAAACAGUCCCAGCUGCAGCAGAAAGGACUGAGAAGCAGAAGGAGCUCCAGGAGAGACGACAACAAAUCCAGCAGAGAAUCCAGGACCAGGAGAAAGAUGUGAAGCUGCUUCAACAGGAGGUGGAGGCCAUCAAUGGCUCUGCUGAUAAAGCAGUGAAGGACAGUAACAAGAUCUUGACUGAUCUGAUUCGUCUCCUCCAGAAAAGAACCUCUGAACUCAAGAAACAGAUCAGAUCCCAGCAGAAAACUGAAGUGAGUCGAGUCAAAGAGCUUCAGAAGAAGCUGGAGCAGGAGAUCACUGAGCUGAAGAGGAAAGAAGCUGAGCUGGAGAAGCUCUCAAUCACAGAGGAUCACACCCAGUUUCUCCACAACUACCCCCCACUUUCAGCACUCAGUGAGUCUACACACUCAUCCAGCAUCAAUAUUCGUCCUCUGAGAUACUUUGAGGAUGUGACAGCAGCUGUGUCAGAGCUCAGAGAGAAACUAGAGGACAUCCUGAGAGACACAUGGACAAACAUCUCAGUGACAGUCACUGAAGCUGACGUUUUACUGCCAGAACCAGAACCAAACACCAGAGCUGAAUUCUUAAAAUAUGCAAGAGAAAUCACCCUGGAUCCGAGCACAGCAAACCGUUUUCUGGUAUUAUCGGAGGGAAACAGAAAAGUAACAAAAAUAGAAAACCAGCAGCCUUAUCCUGAUCAUCCAAAUCGAUUUACUACUUUGUUUCAGGUUUUGAGUAAAGAGAGUUUGGCUGGACGUUGUUACUGGGAGGUGGAGAGGAACGGGGGAGUUGAAAUAGCUGUUUCAUACAAAAAUAUCAGGAGAGAAGAAAGGAAAAAAGAGUGUGAGUUUGGAUUAAAUGACAAUUCGUGGACUUUAGAUUUAGUCUCAAAAUGUUUCAGAUUUUGGCACAAGAGCAUUAAAACUCCAGUAUCAGGUCCAGUUUCCUCCAGAAUAGGAGUGUUUCUGGAUCACAGAGCAGGUAUUCUGUGUUUCUACAGCGUCUCUGAAACCAUGACUCUCCUCCAUAGAGUCCAGACCACAUUCACUCAGCCUCUAUAUGCUGGGAUUGGGCUUUUUAAUGGAUCCUCUGCUGAGUUUGUUAAACUGAAAUGAUCAAUAGUGAUCAAAAGACAAGGUGGUUAAAAGGUGUAUAUUAAAAUCAGUUAUUUCUGUCUCCACAAUUGCUGCUGAGAACUAUUCGUUGUCAUUUCUUCAUAGAGACAACUUCACAGAUCGGUUUUCUUUUCGGAGCUACUUUGUUAUCUUUUUAAGUGUUUUGUUGAUCUUGGCGUUUGUUGGAGGGCUACCCCUUCUGUUUGCUACGUACCCUGUUUCAGCUCAUGGGCAUUUUUAUUUAGUAAGGCAAUUCAAUUUUUUUCUUUUUGGUGAAAUUAUAGGCAUAGGUAAAGAAGAUGAGCUUGAAAAUCCAGAUUUUUUUUCAAGUAAAUUUUUUUUUGUGAUAUUUACAUUUUGAAUAAAUUGGUCCCUCCAUUAAGUGACGUCAUAAUUUAUUUCAAAAUAUGUGGAUGACAUCAACUGAGAGAAUAAAUUUAGGGUAAAGUGUUGAGUUAAAACAGAUGCUGGCCAGCACAUACAGCAGCUGUCACUAACCUCCACCCCUACUGGCUGACUUCCUUGAAUUUAUUAAGCAACGCUGGUGAGCUAAGAGCAAAAUGAGAAAAUAAAUGGGAACAACAACAAAACAGGAAUAUUUUUCUUCCCUAUGGGUCAGGCAGCAGUUCCAUCACUUCUGUUGUGAAACUUGCUUGAUUAUGAGUAUAUUAAAUAACUAGAACUGGUGGUUAUAGUUGUGUCACAUUUCUGGUUCUAUUAUGUUUUCUUUUGAGUAUUCAGUUUUACUUUGCUCCUUGUUUUUUAGUUUUAGUGGUUUGAUUCUUAUUUUGU